AUGCUUCUUGAAAUUGAGCAUUCACUUGAGUCCUGGGAUCAUACUUCCCUGGUGACAGCCGUCCAAAACGAAGAGAGUAUGCAACAAGAUCGAGAUAGGAUGCACUGUUCAGAAGCAUGGAGAAAUGGGCUUCUCCUUUAUACAUAUAGGGUGUUUCGAUGGGAGCUUGGAAGCAGUGUCCCACUACCCAUUUUGUACCGUGCAAGAGCCAUUACAGAUCAUGUCUUUGCGUGUCGUGACAAGAGCAUGGUAUCCAGACAGGCCUUGUUACCGCUCUUCUUUGCAGGAUGCGAACUGAGAGAUCAAUCAUCACGCAGCAAAAUCGUGGAGUUCUGCUGUAUCUGGGAUAGGAGAACCAGGUACCAUAUGUUCAGCAACACCAUACCACUGCUGGAAGAAGUAUGGGCAGAACAAGCUGCGAAGGGGUUUGAGAACGUCUGGUGGGGUCAAAUAGUGGACAAGCAGCACUCAUCGCAGGAUGACCAUCCUCUACAGAUGCGGCUAUGCUUUGGCUAA